GCCAUUUACAGGUCCAAGGAAAUCCAAUAGUGGCUACUGGCACCAACUUCGCAACUCGGUCGGUGGCUUCAGACCACGGCGAGACCGCUGUCGUCUCGCCCGCUUUCAAAAAUCGUAAGCAUCCUCUCACAAGCGCUGCUGCCUCCUCUCUUUCUCGGACCCCGAAGGUGGAGCAGAUCACCACCGGCGGCGGCGGCGGCGAGGCAUGGCGGGGGGCGGGGAGAAGGUGGACUACGUGUUCAAGGUGGUGCUAAUCGGCGACUCGGCGGUGGGCAAGUCGCAGGUCCUGGCCCGCUUCGCCCGCAACGAGUUCAGCCUCGACUCCAAGGCCACCAUCGGCGUCGAGUUCCAGACCCGCACCCUCGUCAUCGACCACAGGAGUGUCAAGGCCCAGAUCUGGGACACCGCCGGCCAGGAAAGGUACAGAGCUGUGACAAGCGCGUAUUACAGAGGCGCACUGGGAGCUCUGCUAGUCUAUGAUAUCACCAGGCGCCAGAGCUUUGAUCAUAUACCUCGCUGGCUAGAUGAACUCCGUGCCCAUGCUGACAAGAACAUUGUGAUAAUGCUAGUUGGCAACAAGAGCGACCUUGAGGAGCAGCGAGCCGUGAGUACUGAAGAUGCCAAGGAGUUUGCUGAAAAGGAAAACCUCUUCUUCCUGGAGACUUCUGCACUCCAGGCAACGAACGUAGAGAACGCUUUCCAAACCGUCUUGACAGAGAUCUUCAAAAUCCACAGCAAGAAGAACAUGGUGUCCGAGCCAAAGAGCAAUGGUGCUACCCCAGCAAUGGCAGGGAAGAAGGUCCUGGUCCCAGGUCCAGCACAAGAAAUCCCGAAGAGCAAGUGCUGCAGUUCCAUGUAAUGCUUCUACGCUCGGGGCUGAGUGUGUUGAAUAUAUUCACGCAAUAUUAUUUCUGUUGUAAAUCCCUGCUGAAAUCUUUCAGCAGGUUAAUUGUAUUGAAAAACUGGUGUACUGUAGAUUUUGUCACAGUUGUGACACGAGGGAAGGAUGUGUUAGAAUAUAUGAGAUUGACCUGUUAUAUUUGUAAAAUUCUAAAUAAAUCUUAAAGGCCUAAAAAAAUAGAGAUGUGUGUCAGUGUGUGUA